AUGAAUCCCGCAGAGACCCAACAGGCCAAGAGACUAGGCCAACAGGAAGAAUGGUUUAGCCUGCUUGGGGCUUGUGUCAACGCCAUGGCGGCACGCCAAGACUCUCGCCUAAAUGCCCUGGAGACACAGCUGGGAAGUGUACUCACCGCGCUGCAGGCAAUGAGUCCCUCCUCGGCCGACCCAGCAGUCCAGCUGAGCCCUCCUCGACCCGCAGAUAAUCCGCUGCCAAACGACAUCCUUCCUGCUACUUGUCCUCCACUCUCCAAGCCCAAGCGAUUCUCCGGCGAACCAGGUGACGGCAUCCUCCUGGGCCACCGCGGAAUGGGGACUCCCGUGUGUGCUUCGUACGCCGCUUUCACCAAAGCCAUGGAGAACAUUUUCCAGCGCGAAAAGCCAGGACGUGAGGCAGCACGGUCAUUACUUCGUCUGCAGCAAGGACAGCGGAGCGUCACGGACUUUGCCAUCGAAUUCCGAAGGCUCGCUGCUGAUAGUGGAUGGCCCACUUCCGCAUUGGUGGACGUUUUUUCCCUCGGUCUGGCUGAUCAAGUCCGGAAGCAGAUGAUCCCGCUUAAGACUCCCAACAGCCUUGAUGAGCUCGUCGCUCUGGCGGUGGAGAUUGAAAAUCGCCUUGUUGACUGGAAAAGAGAGAGCUUCCGACACCAGAGACUCCGCGCCUCGACAUAUAAUGGGAGUGGCCAUGGAGCGCGUCAAACUGCAUUCGCGCCGAUACCCAGUGUCGACACCCUGCCGAUAUCACACAAGGAGAAGCCAAUGCAGCUCGGAGGUAAUCGUCUCGCUCCAGCUGAGCGAGAUCGUCGCCUUCGUCUCCAGCUGUGUUUGUAUUGCGGCGAAGCUGAGCAUCGCAUCACCCACUGUCCUCAUCGUCCUGCCCGCCUCCGACCCCAAGCGUCGCCUCCUCUGCGCACCCAAGCGUCGCCUCCUCUGCGCACCCAAGCGUCACAUCCUCCAGCGACCGACCCUGCUCCUCUACUGCCAUCUACAGGUCAGACAUUAUCCAGGCUUCAACUCACGGGCAUGCUUGCCUGGGAUAAGGAGCAGAGAUUGGACAUUAGUGCUCUUAUUGACUCAGUCUCUAUUCUUCUAAGCAAAGGGAACGCCUGGCAAAACAACAUCAAAGCACCGGGAGCCACUGCCAUGGGAGAUGUAGUCAUCGGAGGAAUAUUCUCCAUCCAUAGAAGAGGGAAUAGAUGUAAAGAUUCCUUUGCUCCUCAGGAAUCUUCAUGUUGCAAUUCAAACAGAUUGAAAGCCGGCAAUGUAGGACUGGUUCUGUCUAUGAUCAACGCCAUCGAGGUGGUGAAUAAAUCCCCUUUACUGAGGGAUGUUAACGUCACACUGGGCUAUCGGAUCCAUGACUCCUGCAGAGACGUCAGCAUAGGUCUCAAGGCCACGGCUGACUUGGUCCAGCAGGCCAAGUGCGCCCCCCCAUGCCAGCAACCGGUCGUUGCCGUCAUCGGCGCUGCUUUUUCCGAAAUGUCCAUCGCCGUUGCCAGGCAACUGAGCCUCUACAUGAUUCCUCAAAUAAGCUAUCAAUCAUCAGCGGAGUCGUUGGGUAACAAGCACAGAUUCCCAAGCUUCAUGAGGACGGUUCCUGGCGACGAGCUCCUGACAGCUGCCAUGGUCAAGCUUAUCAGCAACAACGGUUGGAACUGGGUGGGAAUGAUCAUCUUGGAUGACGCUUUAGGCCACUCAGCGCUCGAGUCCUUUGCAUCCAAAGCGUCGGACAUUGGGAUCUGUUUAGCAUUCAAAGCCAUCCUUCCCUAUUCUAAAAAUGAUAAGGCUAUGGACUCUGCUAUCGAACAAGCUGUCCGAACCAUCUCCCAAAAUGAAAAGGCAAAGGUGAUUGUGUCCUUUGCAAAAUCAAAACAAAUGGAAAAGCUCUUCAAGGAGCUGAGGAAAGAGAUUGAGAAGAGCGGUCCAGGCGUCAAGAAUAUGAGAAGAACGUGGAUUGCCAGCGAUAGAUGGUCCUCCUUGCGGGAUAUUUCAGACCUUGAAGACAUCGGAGACGUUGUGGGCUUCAACUUCAAAACUGGAGAUACCUCAUCUUUCGACGAGUACCUAAGCCGGCUGGAGACGAGCAGUUACAACAGAGCACAGAAUAACACCUUCUUGGAAAAACUCUUCAAGAACACAAAUAAAAGAGGAGUCUCUGGAAACACAGACCUGGCGUCUGAAGUUGUGAAGAACAUCAAAGAAAAAACUGACACAGGCUUAAUCUUGAGUGUGGAGAUGGCUGUGAGUGCCAUUGCUAAAGCUGUGGCCUCCGUCUGCAGCAGCAAACACUGCAAGACUCCUGGAACCUUGCAACCCUGGGAGAUACUGGAAGCUCUUCGGGGACAGCCAUUUGAACAUCAGGGGAAGAUGUAUAAGUUUGACAAACGGGGGGACAUCAACGAGGGUUACGAUAUCUCCAUGUCGCGCUCUCUCGGGGGCAAAGAGCACGCAAAUGACAUUGUGGCUACAUACAUCCCACACGACAACAACUUCUUCCUAACCGACAGCAACAACACCAAACGUUUUGAGGAUUUGAAGUUAAUCGUCUCCAAAUGUAGCAACAGCUGCGUCCCUGGGGAGUUCAAAAAAACAGCCGAAGGUCAACACACGUGUUGUUAUGAAUGCGUGAACUGUACUGAGAAUUACUACUCCAACGACACAGAUAUGGACCAGUGUCUGAGCUGUGAUAACAAAUUCGAGUGGUCUCCAAGGGGCAGUUUCAGCUGCUUGCCCAAAAAGAAGGUCUACUUUUCGUGGCACAACCGCUUUGCCGUGGUUCUCCUGGCCUUCUGCGCCCUAGGCAUCCUGCUGGUUCUGAUGGUGUCAGUUCUAUUUCUACAUCAGCGAGACACACCCGUGGUGAAGGCCGCCGGAGGACUGCUGAGCAUAGUCAUUCUCUUGUCUCUGAGUGUCAGUUUCAUCAGUGCUGUGCUGUUUGUGGGCAAACCCAGCCACCUCCAGUGUAAAGUGCGACAAGUGCUCUUCGGCAUCAGCUUUACGUUGUGCGUGUCUUGCAUCCUGGUCAAAUCCCUGAAGAUUCUUCUGGCAUUUCAGUUGAAUACAAAAAUUCAGGGCGCUCUGCAGAAGGUCUACCAGUCCUUCUUAAUUAUCGUCGGGUGCGUAGCUUUACAGGCAGUUAUUUGCACCUGUUGGCUGGUCCUCAAAAGCCCUGUCAGUCAUGUGACCUUGCAACCCAAAACAAUGUUGGAAGAAUGUUAUGAAGGGUCAUAUUUGGCUUUUGGGGUGAUGCUGGGGUAUAUCGCUCUUUUGGCGUUUGUUUGCUUCAUUUGCGCAUUCAUCGGCCGUAAAUUACCACAGGGCUACAACGAGGCCAAAUUCAUCACCUUCAGCAUGCUGCUGUACCUCAUUUCAUGGCUGCUCUUUGUUCCCAUUUAUGUCACAACAUCUGGAAUGUAUCUUCCAGCUGUGGAAAUGGUGGUUAUCCUCAUGUCCAACUAUGGCAUCUUAGGCUGUCAUUUCCUCCCUAAGUGUUACAUAAUGCUCUUCAGGAAAGAUCAAAAUACCAGUAGCGCUUUCAGGGAAAAGCUGUACCAGUAUAACAUCAAAAGUACAGAUUCCAUUUCUGUGUCUGGAAGUUCAGUGUCAAAGAAAACAUCCAGCAGUCAGGAGAGUGUCAGUCCUUCCUCGUCCUUCUCAUUGCCCAAGGAGGCUGACAUUAAAACUGCUUUGGAGAGAAGUCAUAGCAAGAUGGACUUUAACCAAGUGUCCUACAGAGGUCCAAUCAAAAGAUUUGGUUCCAACAGAAGAAGCUUCAGCAUGUAGACUGCCAUUAACUAAAAACGAUCUAUCUUGGCUGUUAUAUUGGCACCUUUGCGGUCUCACAGUAGAUCCUGUCGUCCAUAGUGCCUCAUGGACAGGUGCGCGAGACGGGUUUGACACGCUUUCGACAAACUGUAUAGACGCAGGUCCACGCUUGGGUGAAGUUCCCGUCUAUCUAUCAAGACAUUACAACACAAACAUGAUAUAUUGUGUGCAUGUGACGCUGCUGGAAAACAACCCAAUGUCAGAGACGUGCGCCUAGCAAAGGAGUGAGCGAGCGGUAAAAACCGACGCUACCUGAUUUCCUAAGAAGAAAGGCUUUUCUGUUCCUCAUGGCGUCCUGAUGUGAGACAUGACAAACAUAUGCAGCUCCUCUAUUGGAACAUUGUUGUCCAAACACUGAAAACUCUUUUAAAAGUAAUUGUGGGUGUGGGUACACUGUACAUUCGGUCACAUUACUUGUACUUACA